UUCAACCCCCCUUUUAAACGGCCGCGCAUGCGCGGGGCUGCUCGGCAUGGCGGCCCAGCCCGAGGCCUUCCUCCUCCCGCCUCCUCCUUCCUCCUCCUCUUCCCGAGCUCAGGAUGAAGAGGAAAGAGCAUCUUCUCCCACCGUCGAAGCCCCGCGGCCUCGCAAUGGCUUUCGCUCUGCAGGAGGAGGAGGAAAGCGUCGAAGCAGCUGUGGAACGAAACAACCGGCGUGGAAACGGCGGCGUCGAGCGGCUUCGGAGUGCGGCCCGGUGUUGCCUUCGGAAUUCCUGUUGGGAGGCAACAUAUUCGACCCGUUAAACCUCAACAGUUUGUUGGACGAAGAGGUCAGCCGGGCUCUUAACGCCCGUACGCCUCAAUCUUCGCCUCUUCCCGCCCGCGGGCGUGAUCCCGUCGAGAUUUUAGUCCCGCGAGACAUUACGGAUCCGCUCAGCCUCAACGCUCCGGGGGAAGGCUUGCGUUUGGCUUCUCCCGCCAAAACCGCUCGCCGACGCCAUCGCCAUCGCGGCCAACAACGCGCCGCCGCCACCUCCAACGCCGCCUCCGCCUCUUCCAACGCUUCCGCCGUCGCCAACGACGAAUCCGCCUGCCCUCACGCCCUUCCGGCUUCGUCCACGUCUCCACCAUGUGCUUCUACGCUUCCCGCUUCCGGCCGCCAUCGCAAGCGUCGACGGACUUGUAGUAAAUCGGAAGGCGCUCGCCCUCCUCCGGAGAAACCUAAACCACCGGGAAAAAACCCUCAACGCCAACGUCGCCAAACUCGCAAAUUCCAAUAUGGGAAUUAUUGCAAAUAUUACGGCUACCGCAAUCCGGAUUGCGAGGAUGGGCGGCUUCGAGCCAUGAGGCCGGAAUGGUUCGCCGGGAAGGAGGUGUUGGAUGUGGGUUGUAACGUCGGUCACCUCACGCUUAGCAUCGCCAAACGAUGGGGUCCGGCCAGGGUGGUGGGGUUGGACAUUGAUGGGGGGUUGAUCCAUUCCGCGCGCCAGAAUAUCCGGCAUUAUCUGUCGGAAGAGAUCCAAGCGGAAGCGGCUGGAGCUGAAGGGGGUAACGGAGGAGGAGGAGGAGGAGGGCGGAAGGGGUUUCCAGCCGCUCUCCUUGCCAGUCGGGGUCCUAUCGCUGCCCCUCGUUUGCCCCCCGAUGGGCCCGGGGCGUCUGAUUUCCCUCACAACGUUGUGUUUGUCACGGGGAACUACGUCCCGGAUCGGGAGGAGGUGGUGACGGCUCAGCGCCCCGAAUUCGACGUCGUACUCUGCCUUUCGCUCACCAAGUGGGUCCAACUCAACUGGGGCGACGAGGGCCUCAAACGCCUUUUCCGUCGCGCUUAUCGGCACCUGCGUCCGGGAGGAAUUCUGCUGCUCGAGCCCCAACCCUGGGCUUCCUACCGCAAGCGCAAGGGGCUCACGGAGACAACGUACCGGAAUUACCAUCGGAUCCGGCUGCGCCCCGAGCAGUUCCCGUCCUACCUGACCUCGCCCGAAGUGGGGUUCGACAGCUACGAGCUACUGGGGACCCCCCAGCACGCUGCCAAAGGCUUCCAGCGCCCCAUUUAUCUCUUCCACAAGGGCCGAGGUGACACCCCCUGAGCCCCCCUUCGCACCCCAAAACCUGCGCCCCCCCCCCAAGUGUGUGUGGGGGGGCCCCACUACGCCGAGAGAGGGGGGGCGGGGGGGGCGUCUCUC